UCCGUGAUAACUUUCCAACUACUUUAAUGCCAUUGCAUGUGCUCAAGGAUGACAGUCGCUUAUGCACUUUCAUCUAUUUUCCAAGCCACUUAUCCUCACAAGGGGUGCAGUGCAGGAGCCUUCUUCAACGUUGCUUUAUUACCACCAGUGGGAACAGAAUCCACAUUUAUAAAAGAUUUGCUAUCAGCUACAACUCAUGCCCAGUCCCUCUACACUCCUCCUGACUUGGGCCAACAUUCAAGUUUAAAAGUCUUCCAUUUCAAAUCUUUAUUUGCACUGCCAUCUUUGAUUGUCACAACUCCCACUCACCAAUAAACAAUUUUUUCCCUGAACCAUUUCAUUUCAUCUGUUACACAGACAGCAGUUUCUACAAUAACACGUUUUAGUUAAAAAAAUAUCUGGUAAUAAGUUCGUACAGGUUGAAAUUCUGGCGGGUUCUCCAAGAAAAUAAAAAUUAUUGUGACCAUAACACAUUUAAAGUCAUGACCUCAAAAGUAUAAGGUGCUUGUGCUAACGCCACACUGCAAUAUAAAAGUUAUUAAACAUUUUCCAUUUUGGAACAAACGUAAACAAUUGCUUUAACGGGUCACAAUAAACUGUGACGGAACCGAUCUGGCCCGCAGGCUUUGUGUUCGAUAUCUGAUUUAGAAGAAUUGGUAACGAAAGUAAAUGUUUUAAUAUAGUAUUUUCAUAAAAUUAUGAAAUUAAUUUUUUACACAUAUAUUACGUUUACAAGGCAGUUUCCCUGUUCGGUUUUGCAAUGCUUUUUUUAAUUAGGUUGGUUAAAAGAGAUACAUUUAAAGUACAUUACACAUGUGUUAUUCGAAUGUGAGUAAAAAAAUACAACGCGAAGCAAAUAAACGACUGUUAGCAAAACGUCGACGGGGGACGAGUAGGGAAAAAAAAAAAAAGGUGUUUAAAAAUGGCGACCGCAAAUAUUAUGACGAAAGGGACGGGACGCUUUCGUGAGUUUGUGACUGUCAUGUGAAGUGUCAGAGUGGAACAUGACUCCGAGCGUCACAGGCGGAAGGUCACCGAGCGGAGGAGCCGAGCGGAAGCGGGACUCUGGGGGUGGGAGAAGCCAGUCGGUCCGCCAUUGUGGAAGAUGGCAGGGGGGAUAUUCCCGUAAAACGCUCGUCACUUUCCCGGUGACUCACACCCUCAGCUCGGUCCCGCAUCCACCUCGUUCAGAGGCGAAUCUGACGGUCGAUAAAGAGCGCCGUCGUCGUGUGCUCCCCGGGGGGGCUCCUCCGUCGUCGCCGCCGCCACCGCCUGAACGAUCGGAUCGGACAGCCGGAGAGCCGAGGCAGGCGGGAGGGAGGGAGGGAGGGAGGGGAAGAGAGCGGCGGAGGAGGAGGAGGAGGAGUGCACACAGGCGUACGGACACUGUGCUGAGCAGCCAUCGGCCCCGCUUCCUGGAGGAUGUCUGCGACCGCAGUGGACCAUCAGCAGUGCAAAACGGAUCAAUGCAUCAAAAGGACGGAGUGAACGAUGAUGACUUUGAGCCUUACAUAAGCAGCCAGACAAAUCAGGGUAGCAGCUACCCACCCAUGUCCGAUCCCUACAUGCCCAGCUACUACGCGCCGUCUAUCGGGUUCCCGUACUCCGUGGGGGAGGCCGCCUGGUCCACAGCGGGAGACCCGCCCAUGCCCUACCUGACCACCUACGGACAGAUGAGCAAUGGCGAGCCGCACUUCAUCCCCGACGGUGUGUUCAGCCAGCCCGGCGCCCUGGGGAACACGCCUCCCUUUCUGGGCCAGCACGGUUUCAACUUCUUCCCGGGCAACGCGGAUUUUUCCACCUGGGGUACCAGCGUGUCCCAGGGUCAGUCCACACAGACCUCGGUCUACAGCAACAGCUAUGGCUACGCGCCCAGCUCCCUGGGCCGGGCCAUCGCCGACGGACAGGCCGGCUUCGGGAGCGACACGCAGCUCAGCAAGAUGCCGGUGUUGAACAGCAUCGAGCAGAGCAUGGCGGGACUCAAACUGGGUACGGACAUGGUUGCGGCCGUCAGUAAAACUGUGGGCUCGCCCUUAGGGGGCACCCCGGGAAUGAGCAGCAUGGCGGCAAAUAACCUUCCGCCUUCCGUGAGCUCGUCAGCAGGUAAACUGGCCUCGUGGGCGGCCAUCGCCAAAAAGCCGGCCAAGCCGCUGCUCAAGGCCAAGCCGAAAGCCAACAUGGGGAUUUUGGCCGCCGCCAUUCCUCCGCCGCCCAUAAAGCACAACAUGAACAUUGGUACUUGGGACGAUAAGGGCGGCUUGAACAAGCCACCGUUAGCUCAGACGAUGAUGCCUACGCCGCCGUUGGUACAACAGCCUCUCCUCGCUCAACCCCCAGCCUUACUGCAGAACCCGUUGUCCCAUCAGCCUCAGCACCAGCCCUUCCACCUCCAAUCCCUCCAGUCCCCGCAACACCCUCAAUCCCUCCCACCCGGCCCCCUUCAUCUCUCCUCUCACCCUCCGCAGGCCCUCCAUCAGCACCAACCCCAGCAGCCCGGCCCAUUGCCCAACCGCUGGGUGGCUCCCAGGAACCGGGUGGACGGCUUCGGCAUGGGCGUCGGCAUCCCGCCGCACGCCUCACUUUGCUCGGGCGAAGUGCAUCCCGUGCUGGAGAAACUGCGCGCUCUCAAUAAUUACAACCCCAAAGAAUUUGACUGGAACUUGAAAAACGGACGCGUAUUCAUCAUCAAGAGCUAUUCGGAAGACGACAUCCACCGCUCCAUCAAGUACUCCAUCUGGUGUAGCACCGAACACGGCAACAAGCGUCUGGACGGGGCCUACCGCUCGUUGGGCGGCAAGGGGCCCUUGUACCUGCUGUUCAGCGUCAACGGCAGCGGGCACUUCUGCGGCGUGGCCGAGAUGCGCUCGCCGGUGGACUACAACGCCUACGCCGGCGUCUGGUCUCAGGACAAGUGGAAGGGCAAGUUCGAGGUCAAGUGGGCCUUCAUCAAGGACGUGCCCAACAACCAGCUGCGGCACAUCCGGCUGGAGAACAAUGACAACAAGCCGGUGACCAACUCCAGGGACACCCAGGAGGUGCCCCUGGAGAAGGCCAAGCAAGUGCUUAAAAUCAUCGCGACUUACAAGCAUACCACCUCAAUAUUUGACGACUUUGCACAUUACGAGAAACGCCAGGAGGAGGAGGAUGCCUUGAGGAAGGAACGCAGUCGAAACAAACCGUAAACUUCAAGCGGACGAGACAGGCGACGGCGACAAAAGCCGCUCGACCGCGAGGAGGACGCGAAACGUAUCAUCGCAACACUCGUGUGUAUUUCUGUUUUUCAAAGUCGGCACUUUCAUCCUCUUUACUGUUUUCACUUUGGUUUGCAACUAAAUGACGGAUCAGCUCAGUCGCCAUCUUUUUUUUAUAUUAUUUGUAAUAAUUUUAGUCACUCGGUAGGUAGCAAUCAUUAUUCAGGUGAGCUAAUUAGGGAAACACGAACGCGUCAAUCAGGAAAUAUUAACCCACAUACCAAAACAAUACGACGAUGGGCUCAUAUUUGUUUUAUUUUUUUCUUGUGAUGAAGUGAUUUUUGUCUGAGGAGAAUGUAACCGAUUCACACUUUUAAACAAUUUAAAAAAAAAAAAUGCAGUGUUUAGCAGGGGAAAAAAAAAAUUGUCAUUAUUGGGACAAAGUUGGAUGAAGUGACAAUCAUGCGACAACAGAGGGUAAUAAAAAAAAAUAUGACUUUUGCUCAGAUUAAGUAGCAAUUAGGGUUGUUUUGUCAAAUUGAAAGCAGAUAAAGAUAAACAACAGCUGCUGGCGUUAGCCGCCUCAGCUACUUUGGAUUUUUUUUUUAAUCAUUCUUAAUUAGUAGAAAUUAUGUUACCACAAUUGAGGCGUCUUAUUAUAAUGAAUACUAAUAAUAAUCAUAAUUGCUUUUUAAAAAAAAAAAACCAACUAAUUAAAGCGUAAUGAGAAGACCAUCGUGCUAAAAAAAUUGAAAAAGUUUUAGAAAGAUAGUAGUUAUACUAAUAAUUGUCAGACGUAUUUAUGAAAACAUUUUUGUUCUUAACCAGCACAAUACAGUUGAUUAACAUAAAAAUAAAAAAACUUUUCACUUUUCAGUGAAAAUGUAUAAACAGUAUAUUUUGCCUUUCUUUUUGCAUAAAAUUAAAUUUGGGUACAUUUAUACAUUUACAGUAUAUCCAUUUUUUCAUUUUAUAAUUCUUUAAAAAAAUUUUUGUUCAAUUUUAAAAUUUUGUAUGUUUUUUUUUUUUUUUUAAUGGGCCACUCCCCCCAGUUUAAUUG